AUGAAGUUUCUAUACACCAUUCUUUUUGUAUUCGUGUUGAGGACUGCUGCCUUCAUCAUUCCUGGCCUUGAGGCUCGCAACUCCAAAAAAUGUACAGGAAACACGGCCCACACCCGGAAGAAGUGGUGUGAUUAUAACAUCAACACCGAUUACACGACCACUGUUCCUAAUACGGGUGUCAUUCGUGAAUAUUGGUUUUCUAUUGACGAAGUCACUGUUGCCCCAGACGGUGUUUCACGCCCAGCAAUGGCGGUCAAUGGGACAAUUCCCGGGCCCACAAUAUAUGCCGAUUGGGGCGACGAGGUAAUUGUGCAUGUCACAAACCACCUGGAUGAAUCAAAAAAUGGAACAAGCAUCCACUGGCAUGGUAUUCGUCAAAACUAUACCAAUGGGAAUGACGGUGUCGUUUCCAUCACCCAGUGUCCCACUGCCCCCGGGUCAUCGGUGACUUAUAAAUGGCGAGCUGUUCAAUAUGGCACUUCUUGGUGGCACUCGCAUAUUGGACUUCAGGCUUGGGAGGGAGUCUUUGGAGGAAUCAUUAUCAAUGGGCCUGCUAGCUCCAAUUACGAUGUUGAUAAGGGUGUUUUAUUCCUCAAUGAUUGGUGCCAUCAAACGGCGGACGAGCUAUUUACUUAUGCUCAAACCAAGGGCCCUCCAACACUUGACACUGGGUUGAUUAAUGGAACCAAUGUGUACAAUUCCACUGGAUCAAGGUUCACGAUGAGAGCCAAUAAAGGGGAAUCAUAUCGUCUAAGACUCGUCAAUGCUGCCAUUGAUACACACUGGAAGUUUAUGAUUGAUGAUCAUACAUUGACUGUUAUUGCCAUGGACCUCGUGCCGAUCAAGCCUUAUAGGACAAAGUUCGUCAACAUUGGGAUGGGCCAGCGAUAUGACGUGAUCGUCACCGCCGAUCAGGCAUCUGUGGCUCGAGACUUUUGGAUUCGUGCAGUGCCGCAGACUCAAUGCUCAGAGAAUGACAACGUCAACAACAUUAAGGGUAUUCUUCACUACCACACCCAGGUAGGAAUACCUGAAACGAAUGCCACUCAUUUUGACGAUGGCUGCGUCGAUGAAAGUCCGAGCGAUCUGGUUCCGGUUGUAUCAAAAUCAGUUUCUGCUGCAAACUGGCAGUCCAUGGAAGAUGUGAUUGUCAAAACAAAUGCACAGAAUCUGUUCCGCUGGUACUUGAACAGCACAACUAUGCAGGUAGCGUGGGAAGAUCCGACAUUGCUCCAAAUCUAUAAUGACGCGACAAACUUCUCGGCCUCGAGUGGCGUUAUUCAAGUUCCAAAUCCUAAUGAAUGGGUUUACUUGUUCAUCAAUACUUCAAUCCCCGUCGCGCAUCCGAUCCACUUGCAUGGUCAUGAUUUCUUCAUUCUAGCGCAGGGAGUAAAUCCUUGGGAUGGUAAGACUUUAUCUCAUGCGAAUCCUCCGCGGAGAGAUACCGCAAUGCUGGAGAGCUCGGGAUAUUUACUUAUCGCCUUUGAAACGGAUAAUCCCGGCGCAUGGUUGAUGCAUUGUCAUAUUGGGUGGCACACCUCGGAAGGCUUUGCUUUGCAGUUUAUUGAGCGUUAUGAUGAGAUUAAGGAUUUGAUUGAUUAUCCAUCCCUAGAACAGAACUGUGCAGCUUGGACGGCAUAUGACUCGGCGGUUGGAGUCGAGCAGGAUGAUUCGGGUAUUUGA